AAGCGGGGGCGGCGGGGCGGUGCGGCGGCAGAGCCGGGCGGGCUAUGAAGCUGCGGCGGGGCACGCUGCGGGUGGCCUGGGGGCUGGUGCUGCUGCUCCUCAGGCCCGUGAGCGCCGUGGAGCCUAUCAGCCUGGGGCUAGCGAUCGCGGGCGCCGCCGCCUCGGCCCUCACCGGCUUCAUCUCCUACCCGCGCCUCUACUGCUACUUCAGGGAGUGCUGUCUCCAGCGGCAGGACCAGCGCGCCGCUGCCGCUCUGCAGGAGAACUUGGACAGGAGGCUGUUCGGGCAGCACCUAGUGAACAAGGUGGUUGUCAAGGCUGUGAAGGGCUUCUUGAACAACACCAACACCAAAAAGCCUCUUGCGCUGUCCUUGCACGGGUGGACUGGAACAGGCAAAAACUUUGUCAGUAAGAUAGUUGCAGAAAGCAUUUAUAAAAGAGGUCUGAAAAGUAAAUAUGUCCAUCAGUUUGUGGCAACUUUACAUUUUCCUCACGCUCACAGCAUCAAUCUCUACAAGGAUCAGUUGCAGUCGUGGAUUCGGGGAAAUGUGAGCAUCUGUCCCAGAUCACUCUUCAUAUUUGAUGAAAUGGAUAAAAUGCAUGCAGGACUCAUUGACUCCAUUAAGCCAUUCUUGGACUACUAUGAGCUUCUGGAUGGCUUGUCUUACCGACAAGCCAUCUUCAUAUUCCUCAGCAAUGCAGGAGCUGAAAAGAUAACAGAGGUGGCACUAGACUUCUGGAGAAAUGGGAGGACAAGGGAAGAUAUACAGCUCACAGAUAUCCAAAAUGCAUUGUCUGUGUCUGUUUUCAAUAACAAAAACAGUGGAUUUUGGCACAGCACCUUGAUUGAUAGAAAUCUCAUUGACUACUUUGUUCCUUUCCUGCCUCUGGAAUACAAACAUGUGAAGAUGUGUGUUAGGGUUGAGAUUGAAUCACGUGGCUAUGCUGUGGAUGAAGACAUUUUAACCAGAAUAGCUGAUGAGAUGACCUAUUUCCCCAGAGAGGAGAGAAUUUAUUCAGAUAAAGGAUGUAAAACUGUGGAUGCAAAGCUGGAUUAUUACUAUGACUUCUAACACUUUAUUGCUACAACCUGCAAAGAAGCAAAUUUAACUUAAUCACAAAGUGGCAAACCCAGGACAUUUCAUUUUUAAGCACUUUUUAAAGGAAGGAACAUUAUUUUAAAACUGGUGUGUAAAUAAGCAGCAGUGCCUCUGCAUUUUUAUUCUGUCACUAGUCACAACUCCCAGGUACUUCAGCCUUGUGUUGUCAAGUAAGAACAAACCACAUUGUGAAUGCGGGGGUCUCUGUCUGACAGUGCCAAGGACUCCUCUCGGAUCAUGUGUCGAUCAUCAGAACCCAUUGGCAGGCAGUUGGCAUGUACAUAAGGACUGAGACUAUGACCCAAUUUUAAUUGGAUUUUGGUUUGAUGUGGAUGAUCCCUAGACAAUAUUGAGAAUUUUAAUCAAAGUUCCUAUGUCUGUGAAAGCCUUCAUUGGGCUUGUGUGGGAAUAAUCCUGUAACUGCAUUAAAAGCAGAAUAUGUGUCUUUUUCCCUUGAACAGCUUGGCUCUGGUAAAGAUAAGGGGGGAUUCUGUAAUUAAAAAAAAAUUCUGAGUCUUCUAUCCAACAUCAUGCAGUACCAUUAUCUUUCUCGAAACAGUUGUAUAAUUUGGUCUUCUGCAUGUCAAACCAAGAAUAUGAAACUCUUUGGUGUCAACAGUGUUCAGAGGAGUGGACUUCAUAUUACAGGGAAGUGAGUUGAAGUCCUUGACUGCCACAUCCAUGUAGUUGGUUCCUUUUUUGGGUGGUUUUAAGUAUGCAGUUGCCCACAGCAUGCUCUCCCAGGAGUGAUCUCGGGAGGGAGAGUGUGCUCAGGUGUGCUGUCUGGUGAGUCAGCCUCAUGGAAUGGGUGUAACCUAAUAGGAAACAUGUACAGGUUAAAUUUUACACCAAGGAAAAGAGGUUUCUCCUCUUCAUCUACAUGUAGAAUUCGGGGGCUGGCUUGCAGGGUUUUCCCAUUUUCAUCUUCUCACAAUACUGUGUGCCUCUGAGGCAGGGAUGAAGAUUGAUCUAAAGGCAUUUGGUAAAAAAAAAAAAAAAAAAAAAAAAAAAAAAAAAAAGUUAAAUCUGUCAAUGGAAGUUACUGCAAAGAGUGUUAGACUUGUUUCUGAAUGCGAGCACUGCAGAGGCUUUUUUUCACUCCAGUUUCUAUUCAAAAUAAACUUUUCUCAUUGGAAGUGUGUUUCUUAGCUAACUUCUGGUGUUCUUUGCAUUGAGUGAUUUGAUGUUAAUUUUGUACAAACUUGCUACUUGUUGAGGAAGAGCAUACUGAGGUUCUGCGUGAGGUGUUCAGCUGUGCUUGAAUACCAGUAUCUCCUUUCUUGAGUUCAAAGGGAAUAGAUAUGGGAGAUGUGACUCUUUGCUACCUGCUGAAAGAGAAACAAAUGAAGUUUGCAGUAGAAACUGCACUGCUAGACCAUUGGUGCUAAAUGCACUCGCAUGGUUUUUGUAGAGGCAGACUUUCUAGAUGCAUAUGUGCUCAACAGUAUCAUAAGAAUGAACUUGUCUUCUAGAGACUAGUUAAAACCCUUCUCAUCUCCUCCUCCCACUGUGAUAACCACUGACUGAACACCUUACAGGCUCUGAUUGAAGCCAUCCACACUUUCAGUGGCAGCAUCUUGAAGUUUUCUCCGUAAGGGGAGAAAAAAACGGCCAGUAAGACUCCCAGCUGUCCAGUUUUGCUCUGAAGUUGUAAUAUGCAAAUUGUCAGUCCCAGUGUUUGUCAACAAAUGUGUGCUUUGAACUUGGGUAUUUAUCUGUGUGUUUGACCUGAUUAUAGCAAAUGACUGGCUAAUGGAAAAAAGAAGACGUGGAAACAAUAAACUUUUACUACUA